AUGAAUAACCCAACCACUCCCGCUGAUCAGCAGGGUGAUCCCCCCCCCAGUCCUGAUCAAGACGUCCAAUGGAUCUCUUCCCUGGUUGAUCGUCUGGUCCCCGAGUUUAAAGAUAGGGCCACGAAUCCGGAGGGUCAAUCCGCGAUGAACACCAAUGCUGAGGGCAAGUGGUGGUCGUGGGGAGGCCCAGAAUAA